AUGGUAUGGGUCUCCUCUGUCUGCUUUCUACAAGGCAGGCCUGGGUCCUGUAAGGAGAUUAAGCUACCUAUCAGGGUAGGGAAGGCCCCUUCCCCAUCUGACUUUCUGGAUAAACUUAUGGGAAGGACAUCUGGGUAUGACGCCCGCAUUAGACCCAACUUCAAAGGUCCUCCUGUGAAUGUCACCAUUAACCUCUUCAUCAACAGCUUUGGAUCCAUCACAGAAACCACAAUGGAUUAUCGUCUCAAUGUGUUUCUACGUCAACAAUGGAACGACCCGCGACUGGCCUAUAAGGAGUACCCUGAUGACUCUCUGGACCUGGAUCCUUCCAUGUUGGACUCCAUCUGGAAACCUGACCUGUUCUUUGCCAAUGAAAAGGGGGCAAACUUUCAUGAAGUCACCACAGAUAACAAACUGCUGAGGAUAUUCCAAGAUGGGAAUGUCCUCUACAGUAUCAGGUGACUGGUGUCUCUAAAACAGUAGUCUCCUCAUAAUGAUAGAUAAUAGUAAAAUGUUAUAAUGUGAUCAGUAACAAUAAUUAGCAAAAGUUCACAUCUUUGACUUUCUACACUCAAUUUGAAGCCACAGGUAAUGUUAGAUUGUACCAAGCUCCCCAUACCUGUCUUCGAUUCAUCUUCUCACUAUGUGCUUCUGGUUUUGUGAGCCAGGUUAACUCUGAUCCUGUCCUGCCCCAUGGAUCUGAUGAAUUUCCCAAUGGACAUUCAGACAUGCUCUAUGCAGCUGGAAAGCUGUGAGUUUUCUUUUCCCUCUUUUUAUCUAUUCUUUGCACUUGGCUAGUUUUACUCCCUGAUGCCUCUUUUUCCCCAUUCUCUACACUUGACUACACAGGCUUUUGCUGUUGACAACUUUAUAAAUAAACUCCCUCUGUCACUGGCUAUACCAUGAAUAAAAGAAACCCAUGGUCUCCCUUCUUCUCCUCUGUGCUCUAGUUGGCUACACCAUGAAUGACCUGUGUUUCCAGUGGCUGGACAUUGGUCCUGUCCAGGUGGCUGAUGACCUGAUGCUUCCUCAGUUUGUGUUGAAAGAGGAGAAAGACUUGGGCUACUGCACCAAGCACUAUAACACAGGUAGAUUCUGGACUCCCAAUGGUAUGUUAUUGUCACACUUUGCUUAAAACCUCUACAGGAUCGGUGUCCCCCCGCGGGACGGUUGAGCUAA